AUGUUGCCCUGGAGAAGGAGCAAGUUUGUUUUGGUGGAGGACCAGGCCAAGAGCAAAGCCAAGAGCCUCGGGGGCGCCGGUCUCACCUACCACUCCAUCCUCAGCUCCCUGCUGCACUCCUGCCCCGAUCUCCUGCCGGACUUCCCCCUGAACUGGGUGAGCAGCCUCUUCCAGACCAAGCGGCAGAAGGUGGAGCUCAACAAGGAGGAGCCCGUGUACAACGCGCGCUACCUGGGCAGCGUGGUCACCAUCACGGCCAAGGGCAGCGGCUGCACCCAGGAGGCCGUGGGCAAGAUCUGGACCAGGAGCAACUACGGCGAGCAGAGCCUGAAGAUGAGGCUGACGGUGGGGCCGCAGGGCCUCCGCAUGAGCCCCGACAAGAGGAAGAAGCCCACGCACGUCUACUCCCUAGACCGGAUCACCUGCUGCGCCGCCGACCCCUGCAGGCCCAAGAUCCUGGCGUGGGUCUACCGGCACCAGGUCAAGAACAUGGCGGUGGUGCUGCGCUGCCACGCAGUGCUGCUCAGCCGGUCGGAGAAGGCCCGCCGCGUCGCCCGCAGCCUGGACCGCAACGCCACCGCCGCCUUCGGCGAGUUCAAGCGGCUGAAGCGCCAGAGCGACUUCCGGCACCGGCAGCAGCUGCUGCUGGGGGAGGACGCCGUGCCGCUGAUGCCCAUCCGGAGGCUGCUGAACGGGCAGUGCCACUACCGGCCCCCUGCCGACGGCCCCGCAGGCAGCUCAGCCCGCCUCGCCCCCAUCGCGGAGGAGGAGGAGGAGGAGGAGGGGGAGGGGGAGGGGGAGCAGCAGGAUGAAGAUAAGGAACAGAGGGCGAAGGAGGAGGAGGAGGAGGGGGAGGGGGACAGGGAUCCCACGCAGCUGCUGUCGGAGCUGGCGCUUGGGGACAUCGCCGGGCUGGAGGACUGCCAGAUCAACUUUGUUAAUGACCGCAACAACAAUACCUUCACCUUCAUCACCUCCCUGGUGUGAGUAGCAGUGUGGAGUUAAAACAGAAAAAAAGGAUUCAAAUUUCCACAGAACAAAAAAAAAACGAUUCCUCUCCUGUUCUCUUUCUCUUCGCUCUCCUCUCUUUAUUUCACCGGCGCCCACUACACUGGCUCCCCCGUGAAGCCUCCGUCCACAUCAUGUGAAGUGUUCACCGGAAACUUCCCCUCCUGUUACCUACCCAGUGAGGGGAGGGAAACAAACGCAGCAUCUCUGUUUGGGAGCACUGUUAUUGCUGACUGAUGCCAUCACUGAAUGUUUACAAGGAGCAUAAGGGUGAUGCUAGCGCUGUAGCACAAUGACAAACAGCAACUGUUUUUACAGAGGGCUGACCACGGCGCUACAGAGGAGCACCGCUACCAAGGUGAUGCAACGCUUGGGUAUCGAUCGGCACCCCACAAGCGGAACAAUAUUUCCUAGUGCUUGUUUGGCUCAGUAUUCAUGGGAGUAUGACUCGAGUUUAUGCAGCAAUGACGAGCAGGAACACACUUUUGGACGGAGUUGUAAUAUGUGUGUCGUCAGGGAGGUUUGUUUGUAGAUAUGUGCCCUUGUGUUUUUUAAAUGUACGUAGUCAGUGGUUGUCGAUUCAGUUGACCUUUUUCAAUGAAUCCAAUCGAGGAAACAAGUACUUUAGGGGCUUAUACUAUUAACCAGAUGAGGCUAUAAUUUAGGAAGCAAGCCAUUGAUUUGACAUGUUUAUUGCCAUCUUUUGUUUGGGUCGUCCUUGUAAUCAAUGCAUGAGAAAUCAGCCGCUACCUUCAAAAAUGUCCUUGCUUGAAUUUGUUCCUUUUUUAUUCUUUCCUGUUCCUUUUUUAUAAUAUCUUUGAUAUUUGGCUUUCCAAAACUUAACACUGUGAUUUGCUUUUGACCAGACCAGACAUUCUAUUCAAAUAUAUAAUAAAGCAACGUAAUGUUUUAUAUAUUUAUUUAUAUAAACUUAAUUUAUGGCUGCAAAAAUAGCCAAAUACACCAAAAGAGCAGUUCAUUACCUAGCUCCCUCUUUCAGUUGGCUCUCAGCUGUUAUGAACUUAUUCACCUUUGUUUUGAAAUUUAAGCCCUUGCAAAAAUGCCGGAGGAAUUCUUACAAUUUAAUAGAUGCCAAUGUUUUUAAUAAUAUUACUUACUAAUUAAGUGUUGAUGCAACUGUUUAAAGAUGCAUUGUAUUGCAAU